AUGAACUACCGCAUCUUCCACCGCAAGUGGCCCUCGGCCAAGCGCUACAUGUGGUUCAACAUGCUCGCUGAGCUCCUCUGCAUGGUCCCCCUCCUCGUCCUCUUCGGCAUCGCCCAGCCCAACACCUGGCGCACCAAGAUGUGGCAGAUUGGCUACGAGAACGGCUGGAACUCGGAUCCUCGCAUGAUUCUCUACGCCCACGCAAACUACCGCCCUCUGCCCAAGAUCCCCUUUGUCUGGUCACAAUCCCUGACCGACUUCAACGUCGCCCUGACACUCGUGUCCCUCUUCAGCCUCAUAGUCCGCAUGGUGCUCUUCAUCAUGAAGGUCUACUACCCCCUCAUUGCGCUCAUCUUCAACAUUAUCCUCACGGCCCUCUGGACAACCUCCAUGUACGGCCAGAUGGGCCCCGACCACGCCGACCCCGAGCGCCCCUCCAACAUUGCCUGGUACAUCACCCGCUCCUGCGCCCCCGCCGGCGGCCGCCACAAUGCCGAAAAGUCCUGCCGCCUCGCCAAGGCUUCCUUCGCCGUCACCGUCCUCAUGCUCGCCGUGGUCCUCGUCAACCUCGGCAUGGCCGUCUGGGGCAUGUGGCCCACCGAGGACGACAAGCAUCCGCACCGCAAGAACUCGCGCUGGGACGACGACAGCGACGACGACGACGACGACGACAAUGUCGAGUCGGACAGGAGCAGCCCCGUCAAGACGGGCGGCCAGUGGGAGAUGGCCAGCAUGGCCGGCGGCAAGGGACCCGCCAGCCCGAGGGUCAUGGUCCAGCCGUACACGCCCAGGACCAUGGCCUUCCAGACGCUGGAUCGCAAGCUGCCGCUGAGGCAGCAGUACGGUUGA